AUGACCACAGCCAUGACGGGCCGCAAACAUGGCAGUGGCCUCAUGGAAGUGAACAGGUGGCCCCUGGAGAUGAUGGAGCCAUGCACACUGCAUUGCAAGCUGCUGGAACCAGUUCUGCUUCUGGGCAAGGAGCGAUUUGCUGGCAUGGACAUCCAUGUCCUAGUGAAGGGUGAUGGUCAGGUGGCCCAGAUACAUGCUAUCUGUCGGUCCAUCUCCAAAGCCCUGGUGGCCUGUUACCAGAAAUACGUGGAAGUGGCUUCUAAGAAGAUCAAAGAUGUCCUUAUCCAAUAUGGCUGGACCCUGCUGGUGGCUGACACUCGUCGCUGCAAAUCCAGAAAGUUUGGAGGCCCUGGUGCCCGUGCUUGUUACUAG